UGUUUGUGUAGCCAUACUGUUUGUUUAUACAUCGAAUGCAUAAUUUGCUGGAAACGGUUAUUGGAUAAUUGUUAUUAAUUUACCUAUACACCGGUGUUCGAUUUCACUUCGAGGAACAAAUAUUUUACAAAGUUUCUGCAAUGUCCGAUCCACACGACGAACUGUGUCCACCCAACACAGAGGAUGAUGAGCUUACACUGCCCCGGGCCAGCAUCAACAAAAUUAUAAAAGAGCUGGUACCCUCGAUACGAGUAGCGAAUGAAAGCCGCGAACUGAUUCUGAACUGCUGCACUGAGUUUAUACAUCUAAUCAGCUCGGAAGCCAAUGAGGUUUGCAACCAACGGAACAAGAAAACAAUAAACGCGGAACAUGUUCUGGAGGCAUUGGAUCGGCUAGGUUUCAAGGAUUACAAGCAGGAAGCGGAAGCGGUCCUGAAUGAUUGCAAAGAAGUGGCGGCGAAACGACGAAGGCAAAGCACACGGCUUGAAAACUUGGGAAUUCCAGAGGAAGAGUUGCUUCGGCAACAACAGGAGCUAUUCGCUAAGGCAAAGGAGGAACAAGCGGCGGCCGAACAGCAACAGUGGUAUAGUUUACAACAGAAUGCCGAGUUGUAUCAGAAGCAGAUAUCUCAGGACGAGGAUGACAGUGAUGACUAUUGAUGUACGCAAAGAUUCGAGACGAACAAGACCGUAUAAGCGAUGUUAUUACACGUUUUAUUUGUAAGGAA